AUGGUGGGGACUGCCAGCCGGAGGGAGGCGGUGCGAACGUGGAGGAGGCUCUGCCGGCUCCGGCCUUUCGGGAGAAGCCCGCAGAGCGGAGCGUGGGCCUCUGGGGGCUCCUUGGGUGCGAUUUCUGUUGCUGAAAUACCACCUUUAAGCUUUUUAGUCUUGACGGUUUUCUGGCGCUGUUAUGCGCCGCCAGAUGCACGUCAUGGCCAUGUGAGCAACAGGGUAAAUGCUGGUGACAGUUAUGUGAAGCCUGACAAUGAUGACAGUCUCUUCGUGUACGAUUGCAUCAAUGCGGAGAAGACCUUAGGAAAUAAAGGACAGGGUGGAAAACCGACAGAUAAGGGAAGUGAUAACAUCCUAGCUUUUGCCUUCUCCCCAUCAGGAGAUUAUUUUGCCUUGACAGAUGACAGCAAACGUCUGAUUCUUUUCCACACAAAGCCCUCCUGGGAGUGUGUUAGCAUCAGGUGUGUGACCAGGAGGUGCACUUCCCUGGUUAUUACAGCUGCCGAGGAUAAGAUUCUAGUGGCAGACAAGUCUGGUGAUGUCUAUUCUUACUCCAUAACAGAACCCCAGGCAGAAGGAAAACUUGAGCUGGGUCACUUGUCUCUGCUAUUGGAUCCUGCGCUGAGUCCUGAUGACCAGUAUAUCCUAACUGCAGACAGAGAUGAGAAGAUCAGAGUCAGCUUGGCAAAGGCUCCUUACAGUAUCGUAUCCUUCUGUCUGGGACACAGAGAGUUUGUAAGCAAAAUAUUUGUAAUACCCAACUAUCCUGAUCUGCUGUUGUCAGCUUCUGGGGACUCAACUCUGAGACUUUGGGAGUACAAAAGCGGGGAAGAAGUGUGCUGCUGUCAUCUGAGCAACAUCAGUGGGUCUGAGGCAACCAAAACUGACCAGAAAUACACUGUGUCAAGAAUAAGCUACUGCUGUCAGGGUGGUUUUGUUGCAGUUCUCUGUGACUGUCUUCCCACAGUCUACAUCUUUCAGCUUGAUGCUGUUGCCCAGCAGCUAGAUUACAGACAGCAAAUCUCUUUGAAACAUAAAGGUUGGGACAUUGCGCUUGACGAAACGGGAGAUCUGUGGAUUUUGCAGGAAGACAGUGAAGCUCCUCUUCAGUUGUACAGACCAUGUGAUGGACAGUGGAAGGCUGUAACUGAUGAUAAAGGAUUACAGAAGAUGUCAAAAUAUCUUCAAGACAACUGGACAGUGUUUGAAGGUUUUGUUGGCGCGGAGAGCCACUACAGCAAUCUCUACAAGGUUUCGUUUGAGAACAUGGACGCCUACCUACAGAAGAAGGAGGAAAGGGUGAAGCAGCAGAAAAAGAAAAGGCAGGGUCUGCAACGUGGUUCGAAUGGCCAGACAAAAAAGAUGAAGACCGGAGAGUCGUCGCUAUGA